UGCUUCUUCUCUCUACAGGUAAAUGCGACCCAUGUCACCUACAGUAACCAGCUGUAUAUUUUUGCUGAGACGGAUCCAAUCCGAAUAACAAAUGAUGCCGUCAUGAAUGUUUCCUGCUCCUACCCGCUGUAUAUUAAUGUCGCUCUUAAUAUGACUCUGCACCCAAUACUCGGGAGCACAGAAAUAACCGGCCCUUCAGGAAAUGGAACUUAUACAGCCUUAAUGAUGGCCUUCAAAAAUGCAGAAUUUACGACCCCUCUCUCCGACUCCGAGACCCUGACAGUGGAGGACACUAUCUACAUCUCAGUGCUCAUACCAGAUCUGGCUGCCGGCACCUUCAAUCUCAAAGUGGUGACUAUUUAUGCCUCUCCUACUGAAUCAAGCCCCAUCAAGUACUAUCUUCUUCAGAACGGGUGCCCAGCUAGUGAUGUAUCUGCUGACCAGCUAUCAGUGGUGACCAAUGGAAACGGCACUGAAGCUCGGUUUGCCAUGAAAGUCUUCAAGAUUGCCAGUUCUGCCAACGUCUAUCUCUAUGCCGAUCUUUCACUCUGCACAGCUGCUGAUUGUGCCACGACCUGCACCUCUCAAUCCAAAUCAGACCUUUCCCAGAACAUUGCAGGAAGGGUCAGCAUCUAUUUGGAUGCAGCUGAUACCAGUUACAAUUUGGAUGCCAGCUCUGCCAGCGGUUUCUCCAUGCCUUGGACUUUGUCUGCUCUGAUCUUCUCCUGGAUCUUGAUGAAACUGAUGUAAUCCCUCCGAGAACCGACCAUCCCGACACCAUGAGACUUUGUCAUAUCGUCGCCCCCAAUGCUCUCAGAGGAGAGAAGUUAUGAAGGAAUCUUGUAUCUAAUUCUUUUUCUGUGGAUGGUGUUGGCUGCAUCAUAUAUAACGCUUCCUAAGAUAUCCUUCCCGCUGUGCCCCCCGAUUAUUUCUCAUUGUGUACAGUGAAGAUAUUCUGCUUUUUUGGCUUAGAGGGGUCUGCUUUAUACCCGACCUAUUUAUUGUGUUGUAUAUAUUGUAGGAUAAAAAUGGUUAAUGGACAAUAUAUAGAAAUGUUAUAUCCCUGGAGAGCGCACCCUUUUACUUUUUCCUGUUCUUUUACAUCUAAUAAACUGCAAAGUAAUGU